AUGACGGGUGAAAAUUGGAUUAAUUAUUAUAAGACUGAGGAUGAAGUUGUUGAAAAGUUCAGUGGGAAGGUCAAUAUAGAGAAUUUACCAUUUCCCCCAGGAUAUGAUGAACAAAUUUACAGAUUACAGUCAGAAGGAAAGUUAAAGAAAUCACUGAAGUCGCAUAAAAAAGCAGAGAGCAAGGAGGAAUUGGAACGACUUAAAAGAAAGAAGAUAUGGGAGUUGGCAAUCAAGCCUGUUAAGAGUGUACCAAUGAAUGCUCUUAUGAUGUAUAUGUCACCAAAUUCUAUCCAAAUCAUAUCCAUUAUGAUGACAGUGACGCUCUUCUUUAACUCGUUGAGAGAUAUUUUGUCUGUGAAUAGGGCAUUUGCAAAUACGGAAGCAGAAUCAGAUUAUGAUAUGUUUGUCAUGAAGACUGUGUACGUGAUUUCUUGCUCAGGAAACCUCCUUCUAGGAAUUUGGAAGCUAAAUAGUUUGGGUCUAAUACCAAACAGAACAAGCGAUUGGCUUGGUUGGGAAUCUACUAUCCUAUCACAACAAAGUGUCGCUUUAUAA